AUGAGCUUAACGUAUCUGAUCCUAAUGAUAGCUUUCGCAACAGUCGAAAUAAAUCUCACUGAGAGUCGUCAAAAUGAUAAACGCAGAUGGAAAUCCGAAAAGUCGCCUUAUUCGCAUUUCGUUAAUAUUUGCGACAUACAAGACAGAGCAUCGAAAGUGCAUUGCUAUUGCGAAAGUAUAAAAAUAAAAACAGCAACAAAAGCCGACUGUUGGGUUUUUAACGGUGGAAUCGCUGAAGAUGACCCCUUCUGGUCCAACUUUUAUUCUCAACCGAAAAUCGAACGGCUGACGUUCAAUGUGAGAACGGACGGUGGGCUCACAUUUAUUCCCGCGAAAGUUAUUGUGCGAUUGGACCAUUUGCAAUACUUAAAUAUUCAGUACGCAAACAUAUACAGCAUACCGUCCUUCGCAUUCACAAAUUCAACGACGCUAAGAGAAAUAACGCUGCAUAAAAAUAAAAUUGCGAAAUUGGAGAAGAUGUCAUUCGCUCAUUUAAUUAUGUUGGUGAAUGUGAGUCUUGUAGAAAACCAGAUUUCGGAGAUAACAAAAGAUGUAUUCUACAUCUUACCUAAUUUACAAAGACUUUAUCUUUCAAAGAAUACAAUAGAAGUUUUACACGACGGGUGUUUUAAGCAUUUGAACAAUUUAAUCAAACUUGACUUGAAUAAUAAUUUGUUGACUGUAGUAAUCAGAGAGAAUUUCCAGGGGCUAUCUAAUUUGAUUACCUUGGAUAUGCGAAACAAUAAAUUGAGUAUGAUAGGCGAUCUUGCGUUCGCAGAACUUUGGGGUCUUCAUGAACUUUAUUUAGACGGGAAUGAAAUAAAGUUCAUUUCGGAAAGAGGUUUUGGUGGCUUGACACAACUUAAGAAACUUUCCUUAGCCAAUAACAAGCUAGCAGCGCUGGAUGACGGAGUGUUUGAUGAUAUACAAAAGUUGAAUAUUUUGGAUUUACGGAACAAUAACUUGGAAACAUUAAAACACGAGACGCUGACGAACGUUAUAGAUAAUAUGAAAUCCAAUUAUGCGUUAAUCUCUCUUGACGGUAACAAGUUAACCUGUGACUGUCGACUAUCCUGGCUGCACAAACUCCGUGACGAGACUAGAAGCAAACGCGUCCGCGCUGCUCUCAACCGCCUGAACUGUAUCAUGGAUAACAAACUAAAAACCAACUUGAUCAAUAUUAAAACCCAAAGGAAUGAACCGAACAAAGUAAUUGCUAAGACCGACAGAACCUACGACGAAGAUGACUUCGAAGAAUAUGACGACACUCUGCAAGAUCAGGACACAGAUUUGGAUUUAAAAAUCGAAUACCGUAAAAAACUACUUGACAUUCCUAAAGAUUUACUACCUUGUCCUAGUAAGCUUAUUUCCGAGGCUUCUUACUCGCCCCCUACUCAGGAUGAGGUUAAAUAUUACAAAACUUCCGGAAGUCGAUUAUUACAAUCAAUUUUAAAUUUGACCAUUGUGUGUGUUUUUAUUGUAUUGUAA